ACGUCUGCCCGCUCCUGCCGGGACUUCUCGAGGCGCGAGGCUAAGGGCUCGCCUUGUCCAGUUAAAAAGGAAGAUAAGGCUUUGAUUCAUGAAGAAUCUGCUAAGAAGCAUAUCUCAAGCCACUGGUCGAAUUUCCAUCCAAAAGGAAGUAAGCAAAGAAUGCAGAGGAAAGUGGACUCCAGGUCUUUUAGGAAUGGUGCAGUUAAGAAACCUUAUCCUCUGAAGAUACUGGCCAACAAGAAGUCUUCUGCCUUCUCUGGGAUCUGGAGAGAGCUACCUAGUGCUGGUCAUCCAGUGCAGUAUCAUGUCUCACAUGGUUGGACCCGAAGGAACCGGUUACGAGAAUUGCGUAUCAGAUGCAUCGCCAGAAAGUUUUUAUAUUUGUGGAUUCGAGUAACUUUUGGAAGAGUAUUUCCCUCUAAAGCCAGGUGUUACUAUGAGCAGAGAAUACUAUGCAAGUUCUUUGAAGAAUGGAAAGAAGAGUGGUGGGUUUUCCAGCGAGAAUGGAAACUCUGUGUUCGAGCAGACUGUCACUACAGAUAUUAUUUGUACAAUCUGAUGUUCCAGACCUGGAGGACCUAUGUGCAUCAGCGGCAGGAAAUGAGGAACAAGUACAUGAGAGCUGAGAAUCAUGAUGCAAAGCAAAAGAUGCGGCAGGCCUGGAAGUCCUGGCUGAUCUACGUGGUUUCUCGUAGAACCAAACUUCAGAUGCAGACCACCGCCCUGGAGUUCAGGCAGCGGAGUAUUUUGUGGGUGUGGUGGAGCCACUGGAGGCAGCAGCUGGGACAGGUCCGUGUGGGCCAUGCCCUCCAUGCAUCAGCUGUGAAGCACAGGGCCCUGAGCCUCCAGCUGCAGGCUUGGUCACAGUGGCAGGAACAGCUCCUGUAUGCCCAGAGGGAGAGACGGAAGAUGGUCUCCGCAGUGAAACACCAUCAGCGCUGGCAAAAGUGGAAAUCCCUGAAGGCCUGGCUCGGAUACCUGCAGGUCCGCAGAGUGAAGAGACAGCAGAAGGAGAUGGCGGAGCGAUUCCACUGGGUCACUGUGCUCCAGACACGCUUCUGUGAUUGGCAGUGGGCCUGGAAGCGGAAGGAGAGUCUGUAUACCCAGCACGCACGCGUGGAGGGGCUGGCCAGGAAGAUGGCAAUGCGUUGGGCCUUUACUCACUGGAAACACUAUGUGCUGCUGUGCACCGAAGAAGCGGCCCAGUGGAAGGUGGCAGAAGAUCACAGUAGACACAGCUUGCUGCAUUUCUGUUUUCGAGCCCUAAAAGACAAUGUGACCCAUGCCCGUCUCCAGCAAAUAAGAAGGAAUCUUGCUCACCAGCAGCAUGACAUCAUGCUGCUGCACAGGUUCUGGAACCUCUGGCAGUCUCGAAUUGAGCAGAAGGAAGAGAGGGAGCAGCUCCCCUCACUGCGUGCUGCCUGGGACCACUGCAGAAUAACAUUGCUACACAAGUGUAUCAAAUUGUGGUUACGGUAUACUCAGAAGAGGCGAUACAAGCAGCGGCUGCAGUCCAGAGCAGACCGUCAUUUCCAGCAGAGAGCCCUGCCUGUGGCCUUUCACAGAUGGAGAAAACUCUGGCGAUGGCAUCAGCAGGAAAGUGCCCUCAAUGCAAGAGCAGCACAUUUUCACAGGGAGACGUUGGAGAGGCAAGUAUUUGCUAUUUGGUGGCAGAAGAUGUUUCAGCAUCGGGAAGACCGCCUGACAGAGAGAAUGGCCAUCCUUCAUUCAGAGCAGGAGCUUCUGCGAAGGUCCUGGUCCACGUGGCACCAGCGGGCAGCAAGAUGUCACCAGGAGCGGCAGCAGCAAGCAGUGGCCUGUGCCUACCACCACCACAGACGGCUCAGGAAGGCUUUUUCCAUCUGGAGGGAGAGUGCCCGAGGGCUCAGAACAGAGACAAUGGGUCUAAUGGUGGCUGCAGAAUUCCACUCUGCACGGCUCCUCCACUGGGCCUGGAACAGGUGGAGGGAGUGCCUGGCCCUGCGUGGUUCCGAGCGGCGGGAGCUGACGCGUGCCAGCCUGCAUCACCAGCACACCUUGAUGCACAGGGCGCUGUACGCAUGGGGGACUUACCAGAGGCAGGUGCAAAGCAUCCUACAGGAGGUGGCGGCCAGGGAGAGCCAGCACAAGAGGCAGCUGCUAUGGAGCAUGUUCCAUCGUUGGAGAAAGAACACCAUGGCCCGUGUGAUUGAAGCAAAGAAAACCUCCCAAGCAAGUGCUCACUAUAGGCGGACCUUGUGUUCCAAGGUCCUGGUCCAGUGGCGGGAGGCUGCGUCAGUGCAGAUAUACUACCGACAGCAGGAGGACUGUGCCAUUAAGGAGGUCCAAAAGGUGUUGGAUAAGGGCUGUCUCAGGACCUGGUUUCGGCGCUGGCGGGACCAAGGCCAGAGGUCGGCCCAGCAGAGAGCCCAGCUCGAGAGGGCAGCUAGGAAUCACCACCGGCGGCUGCUGCUACAGGCCAUGGCCCGGUGGAAGGUGUACCAUUUGGGCUGUGUCAGGAAGCAGCUGCUGCAGAGGCGGGGUGCCCAGCUCUUGGCCCAGACUCUUAGCCAGGCCUGUUUCCAGCAAUGGAAACAACAGCUGGCGAACAGGAGGCAGGAACAGCGGGGCACAGCCCGGGCCUUGUGGUUCUGGUCCUUCUCACUACAAGCAAAGGUGUGGGCUGCAUGGCUGGGCUUAGUGCUGGAAAGGAGGAGAAAGAAGGCACGACUGGAGCGAGCUGUUCAGGCCUACCACCAGCAGCUCCUUCAGGAGGGUGCCAUACGCCUCUUACGGUUUGCAGCCAGCAUGAAGGCCUUCCGGCAGCAGCUGCAUACUCAGCAGCAGGUGCAGGCGGCCCACAGUCUCCACCGUGUGGUCCAUCGCUGUGCCAUGCUGUGGAAACAGAAGGUUCUGGGCCAGGGCAGGGAGCCUCAGCCCCCAACAUCCACCAUACCCAGCAGGAGAGUGACAUUUAACAGUCCCCUUUCCACCUGUGUUGCUGCUGGAGCUGGGGAUGCUGCCCUGGAGACCAAGAGGCCACGAGAUCCUCAGUCACGGGGAGCUCUUCUCAGCCUGACCCUGGCUGCUGGAGACCCCCAACUCCUAGAACUCAAUGCUGCCCGCUUGGCAAGAAAGCAGCCUCGACGCCCACAUUUCCUGCUGGAGCCCGUGCAGAGCCAGGGGCCCCUGGGGUGUCACGCCCUUGGGAGACCAGGGCCUGAGGCACCGUGGGAGUGCAACCCAGGUGUGGCCCAGUCAGAGUGCCCUUCUCUGAUGAGGCCUUUCCUGCCAGAGGCCUGGACAGCACUGGUCCCGGGCAGCCCCCAGUCCAGGGCCCUACCAAGUCACCCUGGCGUAAAGUCACCCCUCACAUUGAAUAUGGGCCCAGAACUGCUGCCCCCUUCCUCCUUCAUGCCAUGUGGGGUGGAAGCGCCUGCCAGGGCAUCUACACAGCCCAUCACCCCCGGGCUUGCGCCCCAGGCCUCUCCCUCUGCAGCCAGUGUCCCCCACCCCCGCCUGCUGCUUCCUGGGGACUUCAUGGGCACUGGUCCCAGGCCAGGCUCUGCACGCACAGGUGUGUGCCUGAGGCCUGUCCAUACCGUGAGUGCUCAGGACUCUCCCAGUGCCCAGGAUCCCUCCAUCCAGCCUUGGCAUAGCCGGGAGGAUGGUCAAGAUCAAGCUCCUUCUCCUGUCACCAUGGGCCAUAGUGACCUGGAGGCCGAGCUUGAGGGCAUCCAGCAGCAACUGCAGGACUACCAGACCAUGAAGCAGAAUCUCUCGUCCUACCAGCGGCAAGCCAGAAGCCUGCGCCGGUGGCUGGAACUGAGCCAGGAGGAGCCCGGACCUGAGGACCAGGAAGCAGAACAGCAGGUGCAAAAAGAACUGCAGGAGGUGGAGCUGCAGAUCCAGCAGCUGGCCUCUGAGCUCCAGGCCCGACGCCAACCCAUUUGUGCCUGCAUCACCCGCAUCCAGGCCCUGCGGCAGGCUCUGUGCUAGUCACUGCCCCAGGGAGGCCUCAGCCCACCACCAGAAACAACACAAAGCUGCAAUGAGUUUUAUUUUUUAUUUCAAAAUGUUGCAAUUACAUGAAUUACUGUUCAGAA